GAUCCGUUCGGGCCUCAGGUCGACGCCAGUUUUUACAUAUUCAUACCUAUCCCGCGCCUGUUGAAAGAUGGAGCAAAGAUGUGGCGUUCUGCUAGCGAUAUUGUCUUGACGGACGGUUCCAACGGUAUCGCUCCAGCCAAGUACUUCAUGCAGUCUGUGACAUGCUGCAGCGCGGCGGCGCUGGACAUCGACGACGUCCUCCUCGGCUUCGCACUGAGUUCGAAGCCUGGCAGGUGGCGGCCCGCGGCCAAGAAGUUCUGGCGAGCGCGCGGCUGCAUCCAGCACGUGCUCGAGCCUGGCCGCUGCCUCGCGGGCCGUCAGCUGCGGAGGCUCGCGGGCCACAUGGCGCCCCUGCUGCUCCUGCGCCGAGGGCCCCUCGGCAUGCUCAGCACGGCCGCGUCGCCUCGAGGCCGGGGCGCGGGCGCCCCCGCGGCCCGCCGGCAGUUUGGCGACGUGCAGGCCGCGGGGGGGCAGCCGGAGAGCACGGGCUGCCGCGGGCGCCGCCCCCUUGGCCCGGGAGACAACGCGUCCAUGAUGUACGCGCAGGAGAAGGGGAGAGCGUCGGACUUCGGCAUGCUGCCAGGGCGUCGCGCCGCGCUCGCCAUGCUCAACCCCGCAGACGGGCCCGCGAGGCGGGCCCGCCCAGCGGCCAGCCGCCUUAGCCGGCGCCAGCGGGCGCUCUGCCGACCCGCGAGCGAGCCGCUGGUGGCGGCGCGUGCGCAGGGCGCAGCCGGCGCCGCCUUCCGCCCCAGGGUGUUGCAGCUGCUGGCGAGCUGGCUCGCGGUCGGCGCCCUGCCCGACUGGGCGGCGCCAGCGCGGGGCGCGACCCUCGCGGACUUCCCGCCGCGGGCUUUCGACCGGGGCGUGGCGCGGGCAACCGCCGAGCUGAUCGGCUCGGCUCUCCCGCGGGGGCCCCCGCAGUUCCGCGCUGCGCUCCAGCGGAGGUGCCUUCCGCAGCUGGCCCGCGCCGCGGCCGGCUGGAAGCGCCUCCAGCCACCUGGCUCGCGGCCGCCACUGCCCGAGCUGGCGGCCCGAGCGGCCGUGGCCUGGCCGUUCCUCCGGGGCGAGGGCGCGACGGCGCCGGCGCCGCGCGCGGCGCAGAUCAACGGGCCCCUCGGCAACGCCAGCGCCCCGGGGAACUACGCGUCCGCGGCGGCGCGCGCGACUGAGCUGGGGCGGCCAGGCAUGGCGUGGGGGGUGGGCCGCGCGUCGGCGCUGGACUUGCCGCGGCAACAGGCCUUGGCCCGGGCCUUGGCGCGGCUGCGCGAUGGCCGCCCAGGGCGCUGGCGCCCGUUUUGGGGCUUCGACUGCGGCUUCCUGCAGCGACGCUUUAGCCCGGCGCUGCACGCGGCAGUCCUAGCAGCGGCGAUGAAGGGCUGCCAUGGGCGCGACUCCAGAGUCUUCGUGGAGCUGUUGAGCGGCUCUGGCAACUUGUCUCGCCGCUUGCGCCAAGCAGGACACGCAGUGAUUGAGUGGGAUAUGUUGCGCAGACCUAAACUCGAUCUCAAUCGACAGGUCUGGGCCUUGGCUGGCAAGUUCGGCAUCCCCGUCGGCGAAGAGAACCUUGUCAGCAACUGGCUGCG